GAUCUGCAUGGCGUUAUGGUUUUGCUUAGGUUGCCUAAUGACUUCGAAAAACCAGAGUUUGCCACCGUGAACAUUCAACGCGAUCUGUUCUAUGGCUAUGAUACUCUCAUGGAGAAUGUUUCCGACCCUUCUCACAUUGAUUUUGCUCAUCACAAGGUGACAGGAAGGAGAGAUAGGGCAAAGCCUUUACCAUUCAAGUUGGAGGGUAGUGGUCCAUGGGGCUUUGCUGGAGCUAACGAUGGGAACCCACGAAUCAGUUCGACAUUUGUUGCCCCUUGUUAUUAUAUGAACAAAAUAGAGAUUAAUAACAAGCUUCCAAUAGUUGGUGACCAAAGAUGGGUAAUAUGGAUAUGUUCUUUCAAUGUCCCCAUGGCACCUGGCAAGACUCGCUCCAUUGUUUGCAGUGCCCGAAACUUUUUCCAGUUCACAGUGCCCGGACCUGCAUGGUGGCAAGUGGUUCCUAGAUGGUAUGAACAUUGGACCUCAAACAAGGUGUAUGAUGGAGACAUGAUUGUUCUUCAAGGCCAAGAAAAAAUAUUUCUUGCGGAGACCAGUGAUGGGUCCGGUGAUGUUAACAAGGAGUACACAAAGCUCACCUUCACACCAACACAGGCAGAUCGCUUUGUCUUGGCAUUUCGAAAUUGGCUAAGGCGACAUGGAAAUAGCCAGCCUGAAUGGUUCGGCCUGAGCAGCCAGCAGCCGUUACCAUCAACAGUUCUAACAAAACGGCAGAUGUUGGAUAGAUUUGAACAGCACACUCUCAAGUGUUCUUCAUGUAAAGGAGCUUAUACAGCAUUCCAGACGUUGCAGAAGAUUCUGAUCGGUGCAACAGUUGUUUUUGGUGCAACGUCGGGGAUCCCUUCAGAGACAUAUCUCCGGAUAGUUCUGGCCGGACUUGCAGUCGCUAGCGCUGGCUUGGCCUUUGCCUUAAACGAACUCCAAAAGAAUUUUGUAUUUGUUGAUUACGUGCAUGCUGAUAUUGAUUAGAAUUUAGACAGUAGACACGCCUCAUAGCCCUUGUAGGAAUCCUGGCGAAUCAAAGCCUUUGCAAAUGGCUGGCUGUAAACAAAGUUUAAAGCUCAACAAACAAAUGUAAAACUGAGAUAUAUAUUCACACUUUUGUGUGUGUAUAUACAGAUGAACACAGCAAAAUCUUAAUCACCGACAUUUUUCUUUUCUUUCUGGCAAAGACUGGAAAGGUUUCAA